AUGACAACUCAAGACGCCCAGGAAAAAUCAAUCAAUAUGGUUGAGCUGGUUCAUGAGCUCGCCGAGCUUCUCCGCGAGGCUAAAGAUGAUGAAGCCAAACGUCUUCUAACUCGCUAUCCGAAGCUUGUAGGCUACACAGACGAUUCGGGAAGAUCCACGAUUCAUUUUGCAGCUGUUGGAGGAAGUUUGCCGCUUCUACAGUUUGCGAUCCUUAAUGAUCCAGAAAUGGCUCAUAAGACGGAUGAUCUCGGCUGGACCCCUCUGAUGAUUGCCAGUUCGGCAGGUCGUGUCGACGUGGUCAGGUACUUGCUGACGCUUCCGGAUGUUGAUGUGAAGCAUACUAAUAGUAAUAAGCAGACGAGUCUUCACUAUGCGUGCAGCAAAAACCACGUUGAAAUCGUCAAAUUGCUCAUCGAAGCCGACCCAAACAUUAUCAAUUUGCCAGACAAAUUCGGAGCAACUGCGCUCCACCGAGCCGCAAGUCGUGGAAAUGACGUCAUCGUCCGGGCGCUGGUCUCGACUGGAAAAUGUAGUUUGGAUCGGCAGGAUGGAGAGGGAAAUACGGCAUUACACCUCGCGUGUGACGAAAACCGUGGUGACGUGGCAAUUCUGCUGGUGAAUCGUGGAGCCGAUAUGAAAAUGCUCAACAAGGAGAAGCAGACACCACUGGAAAUGCUUAAAGACCCAGAGCUCCGUCAAAAACUUUUAAAUUUGAAGAAAUAAUUCCAGAGAGAAGGUGAAGAAUGUGUGGUGGUGCAAAGAAGUCCCAUGUGUUAAUUUAUUUGUGAAAUUUCGAAAAAAAAACAAAUUUUUUUUCGAUUUUCACUGCAACUUUUUCCUCACGAGGGAUGAGGAAAAGUGGUUUCUAGGCCAUGGCCGAGGGGCCGACAAGUUUCAGCGGCCAUUUAUCUUGCUUUGUUUUCCGCCUGUUUUCUUUCGUUUUUCAUCGAUUUUUUUCGUUUUUUUUAAAUAAAACUGAUAAAUAAAUAUUUUUUGCAGAUUCUAAAACAAUUUCCAAGUAAAAAAAUUAUGUAUUCAGUGGGCAAGCAGCGGUGAAAGUGGGCAUUGUAAUAUGAUGGAUUACGGGAAUACAAAACCUAAACUUUUUCUGAAACAUGAUAAAUAUGCUGCUUAGAUGCUGAAAUUGCCUGAUUUUCAUAACGAGACCGCUGAAAAAGUUUUGAGGUUUCCAAAAUUUAACUUUUUGUGCGAAAAUCUCGACUUUUUCACCAAAAAAGUUGAAUUUUGGAAACCUCAAAACUUUUUCAGCGGUCUUGUUAUGAAAAUCAGGUAAUUUCAGCAUCUAAGCAUCAUAUGUAUCAUGUUUCAGAAAAAGUUUAGGUUUUGUAUUCCCGUAAUCCAUCAUAUUACAAUGCCCACUUUCACCGCUGCUUGCCCACUGAAUACAUAAUUUUUUUACUUGGAAAUUGUUUUAGCAUCUGCAAAAAAUAUUUAUUUAUCAGUUUUAUUAAGAAAAAACGAAAAAAAUCGAUGAAAAACGAAAGAAAACAGGCGGAAAACAGCAAGAUAAAUGGCCGCUGAAACUUGUCGGCCCCUCGGCCAUGGCCUAGAAACCACUUUUCCUCGUCCCUCGUGAGGAAAAAGUUGCAGUGUUUUUUUUUAAUGUCCGUAAUUGUGCCGUUUUUUUUCUGUUUCUGUUGUACGAAAAAUUUUUUUUUUUUUCAAUCAAAAUUAUGAUAAAACAGAGAG